CCAAAAAGCAACAUGAGAGGACUUUUGGUCUUGGCAGCUUUACUUGUAGCCGUUUUCUGCAAGGAGACAUUCGAAGGGCACCAAGUUCUUCGGAUCACUGCAAAGGAUGAGGUGGAGAUCAGACUCCUGAAGGAUCUGUUUGAUCAGGAACAUCUCCAGCUGGAUUUCUGGAUGGAGCCAGGUGGCGUGUCGCUGCCCAUCGAUAUCCGAGUUCCCUUCAGUAGCCUGCAGGACGUCAAGGCAUUCUUGGGGUACCACGAGAUCCACUAUGAGGUCAUGAUCCAGGAUCUUCAGGAGCUUCUCGAUAAGGAGCAGCGUGAGAUGAUGAGAUCUCGUGCUUUUCAGCCCAGUACCACUGAUGAUUAUGACUACACUAACUACCAUACGCUGAGUGAGAUCAACAGCUUCAUAGACAUGUUGGUGCAGGAGAACCCUAAACUGGUGAGCAAGAUCGUGAUUGGACAGAGUUACGAGGGCCGUCCGUUAAACGUUCUGAAGUUUAGCACGGGUGAUACAAAGCGCCCAGGGAUCUGGAUCGACACUGGAAUCCAUGCCAGAGAGUGGAUCACACCGGCAAGUGGAACCUGGUUCGCCAAGAAGAUUGUGACAGAUUACGGUCGUGACCCCGCUCUUACCGCCAUCCUUGACAAGUUUGACAUUUUCCUGGAGCUUGUCACCAACCCUGAUGGAUAUGAGUAUACCCACACCAGUAACCGGAUGUGGCGCAAGACUAGGAGGAUAAACUCUGGUUCCUCGUGCAUUGGCGUUGAUCCUAACAGGAACUGGGGAACGGGAUUUGGAGGUGCUGGUUCCAGUGGUAACCCUUGCUUUGGGACAUACCGUGGACCGAGUCCUUACUCUGAGCCUGAGGUUAACUCCAUUGUGAAAUUCACUAAGUCUCACGGCAAUCUCAAGGCCUUCCUGACCAUCCAUAGCUAUUCUCAGAUGAUGCUCUACCCUUAUGGUGACACUGAUGUGCCCUGCGUGGAUGAAGCAGAGCUGGAUGCUCUUGCAUCGAAAGCUGCUAUGGACUUGGAGAGUCUCUAUGGCACUAAAUACACAUAUGGCAGCACCUUUAACACCAUCUAUCAGGCAAGUGGAGUCACCACAGACUGGGCCUACGAUGAGGGCAUCAAGUAUUCCUACACGUUCGAGCUGAGAGACACUGGGCGUUAUGGAUUCAUCCUUCCUGCAGAUCAGAUCAUCCCGACGGCUCAGGAGACGUGGCUGGCUCUCAUGGCCAUCAUGGAGCACACCAUGAACAACCCGUACUAA